AUGAACUUGCCAAGAGCUGAGCGACUUCGCUCCACACCUCCGCGCAGCCUCCGGGGCUCCGAUAGGGAAGACGGUGCGAUCGAUAUCCUGGGAGAGGAGGAAGAUGAAGGAGAGGAGGAGGAAGAGGAAGACGAGGAACCGGAGGGAAGCCAGCGCCUUCUAGAGCAGCUGCACCAGCCGGAGCCGCAGAGGGCGCGGCGCGGCGCGGGCGCGGGUGCGCUUCCCGGAGAGCGCACCGAGAGCGGCGGCGGCGGCCCAAGCGACUCCUCCGAGUUUGGCCCCAAGUUCGGGGCACCGACGGGGUCUACGGCGGCCUCUGCGGGCACCCCGCAGCCGGCGAAGCCCCCCUACUCAUACAUCGCGCUCAUCACCAUGGCCAUUCUGCAGAGCCCACACAAGCGCCUCACGCUCAGCGGCAUCUGCGCCUUCAUCAGUGGCCGCUUCCCUUACUACCGCCGCAAGUUCCCCGCCUGGCAGAACAGCAUCCGCCACAACCUCUCGCUCAACGACUGCUUCGUCAAAAUCCCCCGGGAGCCGGGACACCCUGGCAAGGGCAACUACUGGAGCCUGGACCCCGCCUCCCAGGACAUGUUCGACAACGGCAGCUUCCUUCGGCGCAGGAAGCGCUUCAAGCGCCACCACCCGCCUCCGGGAGCCCACCUGCACCACCCCUUCCCCCUGCCCGCUGCGCCCGCCGCCCUGCAUGCCCCCUACCCGGGCAUGCUGCUCGGACCCCCGGCCCCGCCGCAGCCUGUCCCGGGGGCCUAUCCCGCCUCCACUCCCGGGAGCCGCCCGUGCGCGCUGCUGCAUCCUCAUCCCCUCCGCUACCUGCUGCUCUCUGCCCCGGCCGUAGGCAGCGUAGCUGAGGCGCCCAGGAAAGCGCAAGGCGCGGAUCUGGGGACCCCCGGCGCCCUUCCGGCGCUGCUGCCCACGCUAGGCUCCCAGCCUUGGGAGGAGGGCAAGGGGCCGGCGUCGCGGCCGGCAGGCGGAUGCACCUCCUUCAGCAUCGAGAGUAUCCUGCAAGGGGUCCGGGGAGCUGGUACAGGCGCCGCGCAGAGUCUGCCCCCGACCCCGUGGGGUUACUGCCACCUGCUGCAGCGCCCGUCGUGCCUGUUGCAUCCUCAGGCCGCUGCCCCCUUGCUCCACGUCUCCGCCGCCGCCGCCGCAUCCGCUGCCCGGACGAUUUUGCAGCAGCAGCAGCAGCAGCAGGACUCUGCCAGCGGCUGCGCUCCCAGCAAGGGCGCUCUGCUGGGCCGGCACCUGUCCGCCACCGCGGCGCUCCUGGGGUGUCAGCCUGGAGUAGAGGGCUCCAGGCUGACGUCGCUGGUCGCCCUUUCGGGCGGAGAGGGGACCUCACCGGCCUUUUGA